AUGAGGCCCUUCCCUACGGCAAUAGCGGGAGCCGAGUCGGGGCAGCAGCAGCACCACCACCCCUGUAGCAUCUGCAUGGAGCCCAUGGCGCCUUCCGAGGCCCACCGCUGCGGCGCCGCCUGCGGGCACGCGUUCUGCCGCGCGUGCCUUUCCGGCCACGUCCUCGCCAAGGUCGAGGCCGGCACCGGCACCGGCGCCGUGGUGCGGUGCCCCGACCCGUCGUGCGCCGGGGCGCUCGACCCGGAGCUCUGCCGCGCGGCGCUGCCCCCCGACGUGUUCGAGCGCUGGUGGGCCGCGCUCUGCGAGUCCCUGUUCCCCGCCGCGCGGCGCACCUACUGCCCGUUCCCGGACUGCUCCGAGAUGAUGGUGGCGGACGGCGACGGCGACGGCGGUGGCGGCGCCGAGGGGUGCGUGACCCAGUCCGAGUGCCAGGUGUGCAGGCGGCUGUUCUGCGCGCGGUGCCGCGUGGCGCCGUGGCACGCCGGCGUGGCCUGCGACGAGUACCAGCGGCUCGCCAUGGGGGACGGGGGCAGGGAGGACAUGAUGCUGUACGAGAUGGCCUGGGCGAUGAGCUGGAAGCGGUGCCCCAAAUGCCGGUUCUUCGUCGACAAAAUUGACGGCUGCGCACACAUUAGAUGCAGGUGUGGCUUCAAGUUUUGCUACCGGUGUGGAACAACAUGGCGUUCGACUCAUUAG